UAAUAAGCACACCCCCACAUAUAAUGCUUUAGCUGUAGCCCUUAUGCAAAGGAAUACCUUAAAGCAAGUUAUUAUUGAGCCUAACGAAUCAAACAUCUAUUUUAUGAAUUUAAAAAAUAUUUUCUUGUUUAAAUCUAAAUUAAUAGACUCAACUCUAUUUCUGAUCAUCAACUUCAAUUGUUUUCACCUUGAUUAAUGCAUUUGGAUCUACAUGGAUGACAGAAGGCAACGAGCAGAAAAAGAAGAGGAUGAAAGGUUACUCUGACAUUCCCAGGCUCUCUCCUUCAAUGCUAAAUCAGCAGGAGUUCUUUGCUAGCCUGAAGGGUGAACAAGUGGCUGCUAGGGUCGCGCUAGAGGAUGGUGAAAAGGAUGAGUGGGUCAUUGUUAAAGUUACUCAUUAUGACAAAGAAACAAAAGAAUUUGAAGUUCUAGACGAGGAGCCAGGUGAAGAUGAGGAAGGUGGUGCCCACAUAAAGUACAAGCUACCCUGGUCACAUAUUAUACCUUUCCCCAAGAUAAGUGAUCUUGCAACCACUCAAGAAUUCCCUCCUGGAAAACAAGUUUUGGCAGUUUACCCAGGAACCACAGCCCUGUACAAAGCCACAGUAGUCCAGGCUCGCAAGAGGAAGACCGACGAUUACACAUUGGAGUUUGAUGAUGAUGAGGAAGAUGGGUCUCUACCUCAACGCUUGGUGCCCUUUAACCAGGCUGUUGCUCUUCCAGAUGGUCAUCGCCAGUGAAAUAUAGUUAUUUAUGACUCUUUAACACGUCCAGAGUUGCUAGAUUUGGACCAUCUUGCUGUAUGUAUCUAGUCUUAUAAGGGUGAGCUAUGGACCUAUUCGCUUUUAGUUCGUGGCAUUGCUACUUAUCCAAAAAAACAACUUUUAUCUUUGUCGUACAAUGUAUUUAUCCAAAAAAAAUUGUUGUACGAUUGUCUAAUUGUAGUGUUCUUGCUGUACAGUAGUUGGACAUGAAAAUAAAAUCCUAGUAUUUUGAGCUGUAAA